CUGUUUGCCGUCGUAUAAUUGCCAUGAUGUUUUACCUCAUGAACUGGACCGUCAGUAACUGUUGAUGGUGUUCAUCCGAAUCUUCGGUCUCAUACCAAUCUCAUCUCAUUAGACGAUCGUGACACGUCCAUAAAUAUCAUUAAAACAUAUAGUUCAUCUCAGAACGGCUUCAUAUCAAAGCGCUCCACUCACGCCAUGCAUCUCCUGACAAUCGCUGCCUUUGCCCUCCUCACCCCGCUCACAUCCGCCCAGACGGCCGUGACGACAAUCACCCAGCGCCCCCCGAGCCCGACCGCCGAGCCUGAGUGGACGUCGGACGAGGCCUUCACCUCCGCCGUCCUCAACAGCACGAAUCACUACCGCGGCGAGCACAACGCCUCCGACGUCGCCUGGAACGACACCCUCGCCGACUUCGCUGCCGGCUACCUCGACGACAUGCCCGGCGGCGACGACGGCUGCGUCUUUGCGCACUCGGGCGGCCCUUACGGCGAGAACCUGGCCAAGGGGUACCCGGACGCGGCGCGCAGUGUCGAGGCCUGGGGUGACGAGCGCGACGACUACGACUUUGACGAGGGUGAGUUCGACGAGGACACCGGCCACUUCACGCAGCUCGUGUGGAAGGCCACCACCGACGUCGGCUGCGGCCGCAAGCUGUGCGGCGACGGGCAGUGGUACCUCGUGUGCGAGUACUGGCCGAGGGGCAACGUCCAGGGCCAGUUUGUGGAACAGGUGCAGGAAGAGGCGCUCGGGGUGAGGUGUGCCCCCGGGACGAUGCUGUUCGGUGUUGUCGGAAUGGCCUCACUCUGGGUAUUGGUAUGAUGGGUGUUGGGUAGUGACAAUAUGAGACAUGAUUGAUAUGGAAUGCUGCAGACGGUAAUAACAGCCAUAUAGUAUUACAUCGACGGGGGCAGCAUCCUUGAGAUGCACAUGGUCAUGCCACUCUGUCUUAACCAACUUGCCUGGCUAACUGAAUCACCUUCGAAUCGGC